AUGUCCCACUUGACAGAAGCAUUCAUUGGCGACAUUUCAUCGUGGAAUGUUACCUCCGUCACUACCAUGGAAGGCAUGUUUCUGCAUGCGUCUUCCUUCAACGGAGACUUGUCAUCCUGGGAUGUUUCGAAAGUCACUGACAUGAGUUUUUUUAUUCAGCGGCGCACCAGCAUUCAAUGGAGACUUAUCAUCAUGGGAUGUUUCAGAAGUGACGUGGAUGGAGAAUAUAUGUUCCAGCAUGCAUCGGCCUUUAGUGGAGACUUGUCACUUUGGGAUGCUUUGAAAGUCAUUGACACGAGUCGGAUGUUCCAGUAUGCAUCAUCCUUCAAUCAAAACUUGUCAUCCUGGGACGUUUCGAAAGUCACUGAACUGAAUGGAAUGUUCCAGUGUGCAUCAUCCUUCAAUCAAGACCUAAUAUCAUGGGAUGCUUCUUCUGUAACUGACAUUCAUGAAAUGUUCUACAAUGCAUGGUCAUUCAAUGAAGACCUAGUAUCAUGGAAUCUUUCUGCUGUAACUGACAUGAGCAAAUUGUUCCAGGGGGCAUCAUCCUUCAAUGGCGACAUUUCAUCAUGGAAUGUUUCUUCUGUCACCAAUAUGAUGGGAAUAUUUCAGGGUGCUUCAUCCUUCAACCAAGACUUGUCAUCAUGGGAUGUUUCCAAAGGCACGAGUGCAGAGAGUAUGUUUGAAGGAGCAGCAGCUUUCGAUAGUUCUGCAAUGUACAACUGGAGUGAUGCUUGGAAAGAAGUUGUUGACUGCGGAAAUGGAAACAUUGCCCCGCCAUCGACCAGUGCCCCGGCAUCGAAUCAUGAUGAUUGGAUAGAAUGUCUUGGCUACGAUGAAAUAUUUCAAACCCUUACUCCUGUGUUUUUCGUUUUUGUGGUUUGUGCAGCGCAUGGGCUUUUCAGUUGCAAUACUUAG